CAACAACCCUGUGAUCCCGGCCAUGAAAGCCUUCGACAACACAUUAAUUAGGAUUGUUGUUGUUGUUGUUGUUGUUGUGUGCCUUCAAGUCAUUUCAGACUUUGGCCAUCUAUUAUUAUUAUUAUUAUUAUUAUUAUUAUUAUUAUUAUUAUUAUUCUAUGAGCCAGUGUUCCCCUCUUGUGCCAAAGCAGGGGGGCGGUGGAGGCAGGCACCCGGGGCUCUCCCAAUGUGCUCGCUCUGUGUGCCUGGAAAGGCUCCUGGGCCGGGUGCCAGCUUGGCUCCCUUGGCCGGCCUGCCUGCCUUCCUUCCUCCGCCCUUUCCUGGCCCUCGACCCGCCCGACCGACCCGGGAGGAGCCAGCCGGGCCCCUCCUCGCUUGCUUCCCAGGCCCUUUGGUUCCCAGUUCUCCCAGUGCUUCCUUCCUUGGCCAUGGCUUGGCCCGGGAGUGCUUCCCUCCUGGGCACCUUCUUUCUCCUCUCCUCUUCUUCCCUUCUGCUUCUCCAAACUUCAGCCACAACACCCCUGCGCCGCCCACCUGCCAGGAUAGGGGUGAUCGGGGCCGGGAUCGGGGGCUCCUCGGCCGCCUAUUUCCUGCGGCAGAAGUUCGGCAAGGAUGUCCCCAUCGAUGUCUUUGAGCGAGGACAGGUGGGUGGCCGCUUGGCCACCAUCGACCUGGAAGGAAAAGGCUACGAGGCCGGAGGAACCGUCAUCCACCCGCUCAACCUGCACAUGAAGCAUUUUGUUAAGGAACUGGGACUGUCUGUGGUCCAGGGCCACGGGGGACUUCUGGGCAUCUACAACGGAGAGGAGCUGGUCUUUGAGGAGAGCGGAUGGACCAUCUGGAACUUCCUGAAGCUGCUCUGGCGCUACGGGCUGAACGCCAUUCGGAAGUCCAUGUGGGUGGAGGAGACCCUGGACAAGUUCAUGAGGGUCUACCGCUACCAGGCGCACGGCUACGCCUUCAGCUCCAAUGUGGCCCUUCUCCAUGCGCUCGGAGGGGCCGAGCUGGUCCAGACGUGGAACCAGACCAUGGAGGAGUCCAUGCGGAAGGCCGGCUUCUCCCAGACGUUCAUCCACGAAAUGGCAGCGCCCAUCAUGCGCUACAACUACGGGCAGGGAGUCGGCAUCAACGGAUUUGUGGGUGUGGUGGCCUUCACGGGGGUCGACAAGGGCCUGUGGUCGGUGGAAGGGGGCAACCAGAGGGUGUGUUCGGGGCUGCUCCAGGCCUCCAAGACCCACCUUAUUCCGGGCACGGUCACCUCCGUGGAGGAAACAACGCGGCCCAGGGGACGCUCAGGAGAGACGGUCAAGCUGUACGAAGUCACCUACGAGUCCACCUCCGGAGUGACGUCGUCCUCUCUCUACGACAUUGUUGUGAUCGCGGCUCCUUUGCACCGUGAGAUGGCCAACAUCUCCUUCCGCAACUUCCAUCCGCCCGUCCCCGAAUUCUCCAAGCCUUACGAGCACGUCGUCUCCACGUUUGUCCACGGGAACAUCAACUCGUCUUUGUUCGGAUACCCGGACCCUUCCCAGUUGCAACUGAACGACAUUUUCACCACGGAAGACCCCAAGGCCUUCGUCUACAGCAUCAGCAUCGUCCCUCCCGUUGACAACGAUGCAGACGCAGUGGCGUCCACACCGGUUUGGAAAAUGUUUUCGGCCCGGCCUUUGACCAAGGCGCAGCUGGACGUGCUCUUCUCCUCCUACGACUCGGUGGAGUCGAAGGCAUGGCUGGCCUACCCUCACUACAGCCCGCCCGAACAAUGCCCGCCCCUCGUGAUCCACGACCACGUGUACUACGUCAACAGCAUGGAGUGGGUGGCCAGCGCCAUGGAAAUGGGCGCCAUCUCGGCCAAGAACAUUGCCCUCCUGGCUCACCACCGAUGGUACGAGCGGACGGACAAGAUCGACCAAGAAGAUCUGCACGAGAAACUCAAAACGGAGCUCUGAAGCUGAUUGGAAAAGCCUAUUAAACAUCAAAUUAGGUUAUAAUUUUACAAAUUAAGCACCAAAACAUCAUGUUAUACAACAAAUUUGGCAGAAAAAGUAGUUCAAUAUGCAGUAAUGCUAUGUAGUAAUUACUGUAUUUAUGAAUUUAGCACCAAAAUAUCACGAUAUAUUGAAAACACUGACUACAAAAAUGGCUUGGAUAAUCCAGAAGCUUGGAUAAGCGAGUGUUGGAUAAGUGAGACUCUACUGUAUAUUAUUAUUCAUUAUUCAUGACUACAUUGAAACUAGAAUAGAGAGAAAUCAGUGUGGAAAUUGCAAGAGGUACCCUAGAUUGUUGGACAUGGAAAUAAGGGUAGUCAAUAGUUUUUGAUUCAUUGAAUACAGUUAUAUAUUACAACUAGCUUUGCCCGGCCACGCGUUGCUGUGGCUUAUGGGAAUCCUUAUGGAAUAGCAGUGAAUAGCCUUGCAGUCUCAAAGCCUGGCUGUUUUCUGGAGUAGCUGGAGCUUUUUGUUGUAUGAACGUAGAGGCAUGGAUGAGGGGUUGUGCUGCCAAGUUGAGUGUUUCUGGGAUGUGUCGUUUUGUUGUUUUGUCCUAGGCCGAAAUUUCAUUACCCUUCUAUAUAUAUAAAAGAGUGAUGGCAUCACGGCGACCCACAAAACAACAAAACUACAGGCCCCCCAACGUGGACAUGGAAAUAAGGGUAGUCAAUAGUUUUUGAUUUAUUAAAUACAGUUAUAUAUUACAAGUA